UACUUAAGUAUUAAAACUUCUAUUAUUUUUUACAUCGAGCACUUGAAAUUUUUUACAUUUUUUCAUUUUCCAUUGUGGAUCCGUAUAUCUCUCAUCAAUGAAUUUAUUUAACCUACGGUCAAGCUAAUCAACGCAAAAAUCUAUGACACUAUAUGAUAUAAAGAUAUAUUUUUUCAUUGAAAUGCUGUUUAAAUGUGACAGACCGAACGUUUAUCACCACAGUCGUCGAAUGCAAAAAUCGCCAAACACCGCGCCUUAACAGCAAUUGCAACAUUUUCCCUGCAUAACAUGCAUUGCGAGUGCAGUGUGUGCAUGGUACAACUACAAUAAUGAGCGGAGCAUUAAGCGGGUGUCGGUCAGUGCUGGUAACCGGGGUGAGCAGGGGCAUCGGUCUGCAAAUAGUUAAAGAUUUGGCUAAAAAGACCGAAAGGAAGGCGCUUACUAUCGCGACUGCCCGUAACCCAGCGGCUGCAGAGGAACUUCACAGAGUUGCUAAGGAGUCCUCAGGCGUCCAUGUUGUAACACUUGAUGUGACCAGUCAAGCCAGUAUAGAUGCUGCCGUUGAGGAGGUGUCAUCUCUGCUGGGGGCCGAGGGGCUGAACUGCCUUAUAAACAAUGCAGCCGUCGGCAAGACUAUCAACCUGGAAAUGGUGACAGCCGAGGAGAUGCUGAAGACAUAUGAAUGUAACACUGUGGCCCCUCUCAUGGUCACUAAGGCCUUUCUGCCGCUUCUGCGAGCAGCUGUGACACGUGGUUCUGGGAUGGGGAUCCACAGGGCUGCUGUGAUCAACAUGUCCUCCGUACUCGGUUCCCUCCAGCUGAACUGGGGAGCUUUGGCGGAAUUCAAGUGCUAUCCCUACAGGGCCUCCAAGGCAGCCUUGAACAUGGUGACGAGGUGUCUAGCUGUAGAUCUGGAGUCGGAGGGAAUUCUCUGCGUGGCCGUUCACCCGGGCUGGGUGCGCACUGACAUGGGGGGGCCACAGGCUGACCUAGGUGUGGAGGAGAGUGCUUCUUCAGUCCUAAAUCUGUUUGCUGGAUUGUCUGAAAAGCAUCACGGAGGCUAUCUGGACCACACAGGGAAAACACUGCCUUGGUGAUAUUGUAUUUAGGAUUUUUUAUGCGCAUCCUCUUUGUUGAAGUCUUGCUGUGAGUGGUCUAACGUCUGAAAUCAAACUGUCUAGAUAUUCAGUGACCUCUGUGUGUUAUUUUUACUUUAAAAAAUACUGCAAUAAAAAAACCCCAAUAAAAACCCACGAAACACAAUGCAGUGCUACUAAAUAUUUGUAUUGAUGUUUUUAAACCACUGUGUUAACCAAAGAAAAAUGAAUAAAAAGUGUCUGUAUGGUAGUAGAGACGGCGGUGAAGGAACCAGCAGCUUUUAUUAUGAAAGGAAGAGGAACGAACAGACGGCGUGGAGCCAAGCAGUGAAAUCCGAGGUCUGGUGCUUCUACGUUCAGGCUGUCACCAGAAGAAGGGCCAUUCUGUCAGAAAUGAGCCACGACAAUAUACAAGAAUUGAAAUAUCAUUAAUUUAAACUUUAAUUUUUUUAUUUUAUUUCUCAGACCUCUGUUCUCCUCUCCCCACUCCGCAAACUUACCAACAUCUCGCUUCUCAGGAAAUAUUGUAAAUAUAAUUGCAAAUACAACACCUCAAUACACUGUAA